AUGGAUUUGGGAUCAACCAUGGUGAGCUUAAGAAGACAGAAACGCUUGAAAACAUGUUCCGGAAGUAGUUCGGGUGCAGCUCCACUUCAUGGUUUUUGUGACAAGGGAACUUCUCUUCAAACUUCCACCCAGGAGAAACCUGAUGAUGUACAUCUCACGCCUUCAAACAAUGUAAAUCAAUCAGAGAUUAUCAGUAUAUUGAGAGACCCAGCUGCUGCUGAGAGGGUUUUGCUGGACCUACUUGGUCCUGCUGAUACCAGGAUUAUUCAGGAGUAUAUUGACGGAGAUCUGAAGCAGAACUUAGCACACCAUGCCCUUGCUUCCUGCCUCCAUCUUGCUAUGUGGCUAAGGGAUACUGGAGAUGUCUCCAAGGAGCGAGAUGAAGCAAAUGCUCGUGUUGCAGACCUGGAGAACAGAGUUAGAAACUUUGGGGAAACCACUACGAAACAGGAGGCAGUAAUCGAGAUUCUGAGGCAACAGAUCCUGAAAUACUCUAGCAUGAAGAGGGAGUAUGAAUCCAAGCUUGAUGGUUUGUUAAAUGAUGUUAGUCAUCAGAGGCAGAAGGCUGAAAUGUGGGAGAGUAAGUGGAAGGAGCAGGAGGCCUUGCAUCAGGAGAAAGCUACUCGUCUGGAGGAGUUUUCUGUCAUCUGGAAGGGGUCCUGAAGCAGCUUAGGGAAGCCAAUGCUGACCUUUCCGUAGUUACCCAGGGUCUUCAUGUUGCUGGGAAAGGUAUUGA